AUGACAACCCCACUGUACGGGUUCACAGGAAAUGAGAUUUUGCCGGUCGGACAGACCCGACUAGCUAUAUCACUGGGAGAGGAGUCGCUCCGGAGGACGCGGUCCACUAACUUUAUCGUGGUAGACGCCCCCUCCGCCUACAACGUGAUUCUGGGGUGCCCCACCCUCAACGAGUUUCGGGCUGCCGUCUCUACUUUUUGUCAGAAAAUAAAAUUUCCUGUCGAGGACCAAGUAGGAGAGGUCCAAGGAGACCAACUAGCAGCUCGGCGCUGCUACGUGGAAAUGGUCCGCUCUGAGUUUGUGAACUUUGCUAAAAGUCAUUCAGAAAUCAGAAUGUAUGAAUUGUGUCGAGUUACAAUGGAGCCUUAUUUGUAUAAAUCAGUUGGGUCUUCUGGUGAUUCAUCAUCUCGCAUAACUGUUAUUGGGGAAUCAUUAACUGAUGAUAUUGCAAUGCAAUCAAUGAUGAUUAUAUUUCUGAAAUAUUAUGUUGAUGAUAAAUUAGGUGAAAUAAUAAUGUUGAGGUAUUUUAAGAAAAUACGAGAUGAACCUACUUCAAACAAGUUAUCUCCCCCUCCACCACCUCCUCCUCCUCCGCCUCCUCUACCAGCUCCUCUUGAUGCUGACUCAAAUGAGUAUCCUAGUGAUCCUGGGCUAAGAAAGCACAUUCUUGAGUAUAAUGUUAAUGAAAGGGAGAUUAUUCGACGUUACUAUUUGCAAAAAGGUCCUUUUCAACCUAAAAAUCAUGAAUUUCCUUGGCGUUCUUGUCCCAAAGAGAAACGAAGAUUUCGAGCUAUAUGGUUUAGUCUUCAUCCUAAUUGGCUAGAAUACAGCAUUGCAAAAGAUGCGGCUUUUUGUCUUUAUUGCUAUUUAUUCAAAGCGGAUCAUGGUGGUCAAAGUGGUGGUGAUUCUUUUGUUACUGAGGGAUUUAAAAAUUGGAGAAAGAAAGAAAAAUUUAAUGAACAUGUUGGAAAUCAGAGCAGCAUUCACAACAGGUGCAUGAUGGCGGCUUAUGAUUUAAUGAAUCAAAAACAACAUAUUGAAACUUGUUUGGUCAAUCAGUCUAGUCAAGUAGCUAUCGAUUAUCGUGUUCGUUUGACAGCAUCAAUUGAUUGCAUAAGAUUUCUUGUGCGUCAAGGAUUAGCAUUUCGUGGUCAUGAUGAAUCAACAAACUCACUCAAUCAUGGUAAUUUUCUUGAAUUGUUAAGAUUUCUUGCUGACCAUAAUGAGGAUAUCAAUAGAGUUGCACUAGACAAUGCUCCCUCAAAUCUCAAAUUGACAUCGCCUGAUAUUCAGAAAGAUAUUAUCAGAUCCAUUGCUUAUUUAACCACUAAUUCUAUUCUUGGAGAUCUCGGUGAUGAAUUAUUUACUAUAUUGGUUGAUGAGGCUCGUGAUAUAUCUGUUAAAGAACAAAUGGCAGUUGCUUUACGGUUUGUAGAUGAAAGGGGAAAUAUUGUUGAGCGCUUUCUAGGCCUUGUACAUGUAAGCGACACUACUGCCUUAUCACUUAAAACUGCUAUUGAUUCUUUGUUGUGCCAACAUGGAUUAUCUAUAUCUAAUUUGCGGGGGCAAGGAUACGAUGGAGCUAGCAAUAUGAGAGGAGAAUUCAAUGGCUUAAAAAGCUUAAUUAUGAUGGAGAACCCUUCUGCUUAUUAUGUUCAUUGUUUUGCUCAUCAACUGCAGCUUACACUUGUAGCUGUUGCUGAAAAUCAUAUAAGAAUUUCUACUUUUUUUGAUGUGGUUGCACAAUUGAACAAUAUUGUUGGAACGUCAUGCAAGCGAAGAGAUAUACUUCGUGAGAAACAAUUUGAAAAAGUUAUUAAAGGAAUUUGCAAUGGUGAUAUCUUCACUGGACAAGGUAUGAAUCAAGAAAUGACAUUAAAAAGAGCUGGGAGCACACGUUGGGGUUCACAUUAUAAUGCAUUGUUAAGUUUGAUACAUUUGUAUCCUUCAAUUAUUGAUGUUCUUUUAUUUGUUGAAGAGGAGGGAAAAGAUCACAAGCAAAGAGCACAAGCAAAUAAUCUGUUAGAAUUGAUUGGAAAAUAUGAAUUUAUAUUUCAGAUGCACUUAAUGAAGAAUAUCUUGGGAGUCACGAAUGAUUUGUCGCAAGCUUUACAAAGAAAAGAUCAAGACAUUGUAAAUGCCAUGAUUCUUGUAAGAUCAAGCAAACAUCAACUGCAAACUAUGAGAGAUGAUGGUUGGGAUUUGUUACUGAAUGAAGUUUCUUUAUUUUGUGUUAAGUAUGAGGUAGUCACCCCGCACAUGGAAGACUUGUUCGUCUUUCAUGGGAGAUCACGACGAAAUAUUGAAGGAAGGACAAAUCUUCACUAUUAUCGUGUUGAAACAUUUUAUGAAGUGAUAGAUUUGCAACUUCAGGAGUUGAACAGUCGCUUUAACGAGGUGAACACGGAGUUGUUGUUGUGUAUGAGUUGUCUUGAUCCAUCAAAUUCAUUCUCUGCUUAUGAUAAGAGAAAAUUACUUCAGUUUGCUCAGUUUUAUCCAUCCGAUUUUUCCCCAAUGGAGUUAAUGCAUCUUGAGCCCCAACUUGAUAACUUUAUUUUUGAUAUGCGGAGUAGCAAUCAAUUCUCUGAGGUUGUGGGGAUUAGCCAGCUUGCUAAAAGGAUGGUUCAAUUGAAAAAACAUCGUCUGUAUCCUUUGGUGUAUUUACUUUUGAAGUUAGCAUUGCUAUUACCUGUUGCAACUGCAACUGUAGAGAGAGUGUUUUCAGCAAUGAAAAUAAUCAAAACCUCACUUCGAAAUCGGUUGGGAGAUGAUAUGGGAGGGAAGAGAUGGAGAUCGUCACGGGAGUUAUUGGAACAAGUUCAGAGCACGAUGAAGUGUAGUCCCAUCCGACUUUGUGGCUUGUUCAAGGAGAAAGAAUCGAGUUUGGAGAAGGUGAAGGAAGCCUUCCUCAUGUUCAAUGAGAAUGGAGAUGGGUUCAUCGAUGCGGCUGAGUUGGAGGAGUCCGGAAACACGAUUCAAGUCUACGACAAGAACGAAGAUGGGAAGAUUGAUUUUUCGAAGUUUGUUGAGUUCAUGUAG